AGCAAACCUACCUUUAGUAAGUGUUUUUCACAUACAAAAAAUAUUGAAUUUUAUUUUUUUUAAAUGCUGAAAUGAGGGUUUCCUAACAAGGAAUUUUAAAGAAGGAUUUAUUUUGUAGUCAAAUAAAAGUGCUGACAAAUAGACUAAGAGAACAAGACAACCCAAAAUGCAUUUGCUUGAGAAGGUAAUAAGAGUUUUCCUGUUUUUGAUUGGGCUGGUACUGAAACCAUUGCUGAAGGUUAUCUUCAACUUUAUCUAUGGCGAUUCAGAAAAGGUUCCAAAGAUAAAACAACAUCUAUGUUUGCACAGUGCUACACGACUGGCUAAGAUGAUUAGAAAUAAAGAGGUGAAAGCAGUAGAAGUGAUGGAAGCUUACAUUGAAAGAGCGAAAGAAAUUAAUCCUAUGGUCAAUGCUAUCAUAGGGGAAAGAUACAAUGAAGCUUUGAAGGAUGCACAAAAAGUGGAUGAUAUUUUGGAUAAAAAGGAGCGUCACGGAAAAUAUUCUGCUGUGAAUGCACCAUUUCUUGGGGUUCCAUUGUCUGCUAAGGAAGCUUUCGGGGUCAAAGGUAUGCCCCAUGCCUCUGGACUGGUAGUUAGAAAAGGUGUAGUAGCAGAAGAGGAUGCGGAAGUUGUGAAAAGAUUGAAAGAAGCUGGUGCUAUACCAUUUAUCAUCACUAAUGUUAGUGAAUUAUGUAUGUGGUAUGAGUCUGCUAACAGAUUGUAUGGGAGGACAAAAAAUGCAUACAAUACUGGCAGAAUUGUUGGGGGAAGUUCAGGUGGAGAAGGUUGUGCUAUAUCUGCAGGAGCAUCAGUAAUGGGAAUUGGUUCAGACAUUGGAGGAAGUAUCAGAAUGCCAUCAUUCUUUAAUGGUAUAUUUGGACACAGACCUUCAAAAGGGUUAGUUCCAAAUGAAGGGCAGUAUCCUAUAGCUGAUGGUUCUGAUGCAGAUUUACUAAGUACUGGACCUAUGUGUAGAUAUUCUGAAGAUUUAUUACCAUUACUUAAAGUUUAUGCUGGAGCAAAAUCUUCUGAAGCUAACUUGGAUCAACAUGUUGAUGUGCGUAAAUUGAAGUUUUAUUAUAUGGAAGAUGAUGGAGGGAGCUUGCUCUGUAGUAAUGUAGAUCAAGAACUCAAAGAUGCUCAGAUAAAGGCAGUGGAAUAUUUGAAGAAUACUGUAGGUGUAAGUGUAGAGAAAGUAGAUAUACAUGAACUGAAAUUUAGUGUUCAGAUUUGGUCCGCCAAAAUGUUGGCGGGAGGCGGAACUUCAUUCUGUGAAUACAUGGCUGAUAAGAAAGGAAAAGUCAAUGCAUUUAAAGAAUUUGCCAAAUGGAUGGUAGGACAAUCAAACCACACUAUACCUGCUAUUGGAUUAGGAAUGGCGGAAAAUUUCAACGGAAUGUCUGACCAGCAAAUUCAAAUGUUUGCUCAAAAGUGUGAUAAACUAGAUGAAGAAUUUCAAAAUAUCCUAGGAAAUGAUGGUGUUUUCUUGUACCCAUCUCAUCCAAAAAUAGCACCAUACCAUAAUGAACCAAUCUUCUAUCCAUUUAAUUUUGCCUAUACUGGUAUUUUCAAUGCUUUAGGAUAUCCUGUCACACAAGUCCCAUUAGGCCUCAGUCAAGAUGGCUUACCUUUAGGAAUGCAGGUGGUCAGCACUAUGAAUAAUGAUAGACUUACUAUUGCUGUGGCUUGUGAACUAGAAAAGUACAAAGGAUGGACUGAACCUGGGUCAAGGUCAUAAUUUGCUCUUGGGGAAAAAUAUACUGUCGAUUCAUUUUUUAAGUUGGAUACCAAUUUUCAUAGAUUUGUGGGUAAAGGUGAACCAAUAAAUAAAAUAUUCAACGUAUCACUAAAUUUCUAUAGGUUUGCAUGCAGAUUUUGCCAAAACCAUAAAUUAAAAUAUCAACGAAAUAUGUAAGUUUUACUCAAUCCACAAAAAUUGGUACUCACGAAAAUAAAUGAAUCCACAGUACAUUAGCUGACAUGGAAAAGCUUAUGUUUAGAAGCUGUUGUUGUGAUUUUAAAUUAUAAGGGAUCAAAUAUUUUUUUCAUUUAUCUUUAUUUUCUUUAUUUAUUGAUAAUUUUUGUUGUUGACUACAAUUGUAUUGUACCGGUAGUGACUGACAAACCAGAUGAAGAAAUCCAAAGUAUUCUUGGUAAUGAUGGUGUUUUCUUGUACUCAUCUCAUCCAAAAAUAGCACCAUACCAUAAUGAAACAAUCUUGAUUUGGGAACAAAUAUAUUCUAGCUACAGCAUUUGACAUGUUAAAGCUUACUGUUUAUAAGCUAUUGUUGUGAUGUAAAAGUCUUAGGGAGCAAAAACUUGUAAUUUUUUUUAGAUUAUUGAUUAUUUAUUUAUUUAAUUGACUGAUUACAAAUGUAGUGUAAUAAAUAUGGUCACAUUUUUCAAGUUAAACUGACCAAAAAUUCAUAGAAACUAGCCUUAAACUACUUUUUAACCUGAUUAGAGAUAGACAAACUAACAGACUAUAAUAUAUUAUAGGCAAGGUGUAAAAAUAAAAGCAUUGUUAAGGCUGAAAAAAAACAUUAAUGUUUGUAAUGGCCCAAAUAUUCAUAAAUAUUUUAGAUGAUGGAUAUUGUAAAUAUUAAUUUUGCUUUAAGUUCACUUUAACACUAAAUAAAGUCAUUUGAAUUUGUUCUAUAUCAAAUAAGGCAUAGAUAAAGAUGAAAAUUUACAAAAACAACGAACAGCAAGUAGUUAUAUGAAUACAUUUGUUGCCCUAUCUUUAUCACCAUAUGAGUAUAUUAAAUCUAUGCUACCUGGUAUCAUUUAACAUUUUACUUGGAUCCAUAUGAAGGAAACCAAAAUUUAGAGUUUUUUUAUGCAUAAUAUAAAUUAGCAACAAAAUAUGAAACUUUUACACAGUAUAACAUGAUAUUGUAGCUAUAAAUUUAGUGUAUGAACAAAUUAUUUAGGCAGCAUAUCAUACUGGUAAUUUAUUUAUGUGCAAUAAUAUAUAUCCAUAUUUAUUACAGUAAUUUCAGUUUUUUUUUCAGAUGAAUAUUUAUUUUGCAUUUGAUUAUUUUAUCUGUGUACACAUGAGGAUAAAAGGGAAAUCCUAAUAAAAACUAUCACCGCUUUG